CUUCAGCGAGGCGUGCAGCCACGUUUCCGACGCCAACUGGCGUUGGUCGCGAGUCGACCCAGACGUUUCAAUCUCGCGGAUGGCUCGAGGCGGUGAUCAUUUCGAGCAGCGGCCUCGUUGUCGCCCAGCGUCCUUCCGUCGCUGCUCGGACUCACGCCUCUACUUCAAGUCCCCAUUGGAAGAGAACUCACGGAAUCCCGGAAUUCGCGAUCCAUAGUUCAAACUCGGGAUUCGUGAAUGGCCUUUCAAAAGUGGCGAAGUCAUGCGGGUUUUCUCGAGAAUGCCGCCGCGUUUCAACCUGGGAGUGCUCGAUUGGACACCCCAGUUCGGGAGAGCUCGAAAGUGUGUCAUAGGGUCGGCAACUGCGAUUUGGACAUCCCGGUUUGGAUCGGUUCUGAAUGUCUCAAAUCUCAAAUCGAGAGGCUCAGGUGUUCCGGUUUGAAGCGACGGUAGGAAAAGACGAGAGUUCGGAGUUUUCAAUGGCUCAAUGGCAUUGUGAGUGCGUUGAGUUUAGACAUUUGUCAAUCCGGUUAUGCUCUUACACCGGUUAUCCAGUUAUCCGAUUGAGACAGGAGUCGCUCGUCCUAGAACCAGAGAGACCCUGUUGAGGUCUGUGUAAGAGGGAUUCUAGGCCCGGACUCCUGAGCCCGAAACAGGAGGGUCCGUGAAGGACCUUGGGGGUAAAGUUCGACUCCUAAACGAGUCGUUUCGCCAUAGAGCACAGCGCUCCAGAACUGUCCAUUUUCCAGAGCUGCAGGAUGCCCGGAUUCCAGGGAUUAGCCAGCACCAGAAGCACCUCUGUGCUUCUCUGUGGAAGCAUCGGAAGCAUCUCUGUGCCUGUGCUCGGCCGCGUAGCAGCACCCCAGAUACCAAGCGGCAAUCCUCGUUUUCAGACUACUCGACUCAAAGCACAAGCAUCGCGUGCUGGGUAUCUCGCGACUGGCAGCUCGACUGGCCUGUGCAACGGCUGCAAGAGACCUUUCAACAGCAGCAGCAACACCCGCGGCAGGUGCAGUCGCAACAGCAGCAGCAGUGGCAUCAACUUAGAAAGAGCUGCUUGUGCCUGCCCAGCGAUGGCUGCUGCUUCUCCUAAUCUCAAGUCUGCCACAAUCGGGGGUGUCUCUGCCUCUGCAAAAUCUGCGGCUGCUACCAGCAGCACGGGCAUGGGAGGGCCGGCAGUGUCUGAAGCAGUCGUUGUGGGUGGCGGAUUGGCCGGCCUCGCUCUGGCUAUUGGCCUCCGGAGCAUUGGGAUUGACGCCCAGGUGUACGAGGCACGCAGUGAGGUGGGGGGGGGCGAAGGCACCAUCAUCUCGCUCUUCCCCAACGGGCUCAGGGCACUUAACAGAAUCGACCCCGCCAUUGUACCGCAGCUGAUCCCCCUGGGAGUUUCGGAUCCUACGAGCCUUCUUCUCUCCCCAUCGGGAGAUGUCAUCGCCCCGUGGGGCUACAGUGCCACCAUGACUGCCCGCUACGGCCUGCCCAUGCUCUCCAUCCGCUGGCGGGACGUGCUCGAUGUGCUGCUCGGGAUGCUGCCGAACGAUGCCGUCCACACCGGGCACAGGCUUGAGGAGAUCACACAGAAAGAGGCGGCGGGGGAAGGCAGUAACGGGGAAGGCAACGACAGCGAAGGCACGGUGGAGUGUUACUUCCGUACUGUUUCGUGCGGCAACGAGCACCUCGUGAGGGUGGAGACCCCUCUCCUGCUGGGUGCUGACGGCAUUCACUCGCAGGUGCGAAAGCAUCUGCUGGGGCGGGAGGAGGGGCGCAAUGGGAGCAACGAGGUGGCAUGGGAGGGAGUGGGUCCGCGAGACAAUGGCAGAACCAUCUGGAGAGCCAUCAUCGACAGCACCCUCGCCUCCCACCCGCUCCUGCAGCCUUGCCUUGCCACAUCUUCGCCAUGGUAGGCCUCGGCCGCACAGCAACCAUCUCCGACACUGCAGCAGACAGGCUCGACUGGCCUUGAUUCGUCAGCCCCUUUUCCUCCCUCCCCUCGUUCAAUCCUCUGCUUCUUCCUCCGCCUUCUCACAGCUCCUUAAACCCCGCCAUAUAUUCGCCCUUGUGGGACCCGGCCGCACCGCCACCAUCUCCGAUGCUGCGGCAGGCAGGCUCUACUGGGCCUUCACGCUCGUCGAUUCCGCCGAUCCGACAGUCAGCAGUAGCCGAUCCAGCGGUGGGGAGGAGGCUCGGGAGAAGAUCCUGCGGGCGUUUGAGGGGUGGGAUGCGGUGACGCACCUGGCCCAGGUCACUCCUCCUGAGCUUAUCCUCGAACGCCGCGUGCUCGACCUGCCACCCCUGCCCUUCUGGGUCAAAGGCCGGGCGGCUCUGCUGGGAGAUGCGGCGCAUGCAGUGACGCCAGCGCUGGGGCAGGGGGCGAAUUUGGCGUUUGAGGAUGCGGCUCAGCUGGUGGAGUGCCUCAGGGCGCACUCGGGUCUCAGUGACGCCCUGCUCGCCUUCCAGUCCAUCCGCAUGCCUCGAGUGCAGGCCGUGGCAUCACAGAACAUUGCAUCUUCCAAGAAAAUCUACGAUGGAGCAGAAGGGGGGGGCAGAGAGAGUGACAGCAGCAGCAAGGGAAUCGAAGCAAUGCCAGGAGAAUCAGCAGGUGCAGCAACAACAGGAGAGCCAGCAAGUGCAGCAACACCAGCAGAGCCAGCAGGUGCAGCAGCCUCCAUAGCAGCAGGGUCAGUGACAGGAGGAAAGGGAGGAGGAGGAGAUGGAUCUGAUUUCUAUGAUUACCUAUACACGUUUGACACAGUCUCACUUACUGAGAGUGCGGCUGGAAGGUAGUGGGGUAGUUGAUCUUUGCUGUGGCAUUUCCGGGGUUAUGCCUUAUGUCCUUUUGUCUCAUAUACUAAUGCCGUAUGGCCCCCCAGCAUAACCCAGCCCAACCCAUUGUUUCUUACUUUCUGACAUUGUCGUGCACAAGAGUUGUCAA